AUGACUAGAUUUGCUAGAGCCAAAGGCUCGAAAUCUUCUAAUGAAAGAGCUCCAGAAGACAGUACGCCAUGGGAGGUUAUGAAAGAACAGUUAUUACAAGCUAAAAAAGAGGGUGAGGAAUCUAAAAAGAGGAAAGAGGCUGAAAAGCAACGCAUAGAAAACUACGAAAACUUCCUCAAAGAACAUAAAGUUCAAAAACGGAAAGCGACCUGGUGUGAUUUCCCAGAUUCUGAGAAUAAACAGUCUAAAGUAAUAGCUAACUCAUCAGAGUCAAAUGGUCCACCAGUCAAAAGCAAAAAGAAAAACAAGAAAAAGGUUGCCAGUGAGACAGAGAACCCUGAUCCCAGCAAUGAUAAUGCAGAAUCCCAGAAUGAUGUAACUGACAAUGUAAAGACUGCUGACAAGACAUCUAAAAAGAAGAAGAAAAAGAGUGAAGGGGUAACCGAGUCACAGGUUCAAGAAAAUAUCACAGAAGUAACAGAACCCAUUACAGGAGACAAAACUACACCAAGUACUAAAAAAAAUAAGAAAAAGAAGAAGAAGAAUGUACAAAAUACAGUAGCAACUGACUCUACAGAGGGUGAGGCACCUAAUUCAAAUACAUCAACAGGUAAUAACAAAGAUAAUAAUGUACAAAACAACAACAAUAGUAACAAACAACAACCACAAGGUAAAAACAAAAAGAAUAAAAAAUUGGUUGAUGGCAAACCAGUUCGCAGGAAAGAGAUCAACGAUAGGAGUUUCCAACUCAUUAUUAACGGUAAGGAAAUAGAAUUGGUCCGAUUUGAUGGUUUCCCAGUUAUGAAAAAAGAUGCUGAAAGGCUCCAAGAUUUGAAGAAUAAUAUGAUUAAAAAGGGCAUCCCUAAGAGUGAGGUUCAAAGGACUAUGAAGUUGGAGCGAAGAAGAGCUGAAAAAGCUCUGGCUAGAAUGAAAAGAGAAGUGUGUUACAACUGCAGAAAAGGGGGUCAUGUUCUCUCCGACUGCCCAGACUUAAAGUCAAAGAUACCUUCAGCUGAUGCUGCAGAAGGAGUGUGUUUCAAGUGCGGGUCCACAGAACACAGACAAUUUGAAUGUAAAGUACAAAGAGAUAAAGAAUUUAGAUUUGCAACAUGCUUUAUUUGCAAAGAGCCUGGGCAUAUAGCCAGACAGUGUCCUGAUAAUCCCAAGGGAUUGUAUCCGAAUGGUGGUUCAUGCAAGCUAUGUGGUGAUGUCACACAUUUAAGGAAAGAUUGUCCUACCCUGACGGAUAAAAAAGAAGAGUCUACAGUGAAACUACACACACUGAACAGUUCAGAAAACAUUGAAGAUGUUGGGCAUCAAAGCAAUAAAUUGUCAUACGAAGAAUCAAGUAGCAAGAAACCCAAGAAAAUUAAAUUUUAA